AUGGCCAGACAAUCUUCAUCGAAUUCUGUCGAACAAAUGAAUUCAUACAAUCAAUCAGAUUUAGACUUAAGCUUACUAGAAAACCAUAAUGUCUCUUUUGGCAAUACUGAAAAUUUUGCUGACGAGCCUAUCGGUGUGUAUCAGACAUCACAUUUACGGGACGCAGCUAUUUUUAUUCGGUCAAAUGGAACUUGUCAAAAUGCUAAUAUUCCCCGCGAUUCGCAACAUUCAGUUCAAUCGCUUAACGAACUCUUCGCUUAUCUUGCUACACUAAAAAGUACACCUCAACAAUUUUAUCGCGGAUUAAUUAACGUUUAUGCAGAGCUUUAUAAAAUUGAUCUUCACGUAAUUGCGCUUAACACUAAUAAUAAAUAUAUAAUUAUUGGCAAGGACGAAGUUUUCGAUUCAAACGAAGUACCAAUCGAUCAGGAAAAGCAUGCCUUCAUUUAUUGUGAUCUUGAAAAUGAUAUUUAUAGCCCAUGGUUUUAUCGAAACAGUACCAAUGGAGAAAACCGUACUGUCUUCACGAAAGAUGAUGCACUUAUCUGGCGCUCUAUUGCAACUAGAAUUAAUAGAAAAAACGAAGAAAAUGAUACAACACAAAUGCAGGAAGACUUCAGCUUACCAUCAAAUGAUCUUGGCAAUUCGGUAUCAGAAAAUAAUUUGCCACCAGAAAACCAUUCAAUGAUACUCGAUCAGCAACCUUCAGUCAGAAUAGAAGCUAAUGUUUGUAUGGAACGGAUGCUGCAGCAACUAUGGCACAUAACACAAGCCGCUACGUCCUUGCUGAGUCGCACAGUUUUAGAAGUCAACAUGCCAGAAUUGAAUACUGUACAUCUUAAUCAAUCAUCUUUUCAAGAAGUCAACCAAAUGAUACAAGAUAGGCUACUUGUUAUCUCAAACGUUUUUCAAGAAAUAUCCAACACUGCUUUAUCGACCAACGAUAAUACUAUUGUUCCCACUAUAGCUACUGGAGACAAUAAUGAGCAAACUAGCACACUUCAUUUGGGUGAUACAAAUAAUUUUGAACAAGCCAAUCGAAAUGUUUCCAACGUUACACCGUACUCUGAACCUCAUUUGACAAACACUACUCAUAUUGCUCAAACUGCUUCAUUACCAACGCCAGCAUCAUUUCAAUAUAAUGCACCACCGAUCGAGAUACAGCCAAAACCAGAUUGGCACUAUCGGAGCAUGAAAGAUCUAGGAAGCCCAGGAUUUCCUAUUAUAGCUGGAGAUGGUCCUCAACGUACGCCGAUAAGAGUUCAAGUUCCUCAUCAAGUGCAUGAUAAAAUGUACCUUGGUAUUAAGAUUGUAACUUAUAAUCAUCUUAAACAUCUUUCAAAAGUGCUUGUUCCUAAAGGCACCACUGUCGACGUGAGGAAUUUCGGCAAAGACAACGAAUUAAAUCGUUUACAAUUUGUUCAAUGUAAUCAAGCAGAUUAUUUCGAUCCUAACAAUAUAUACGUUUAUUCAGGCAUCACUGCAGACGAACAUCGAGCUGGGAGAAAAGACGUAAAAAUCUAUGUAUUCAACUUGUAUCAAACUGGUUCAAUUAAUAAAGACUUGAUCGCGACUGGCCAACUAAAAAAAUUUAAGUUGGCUUUUUGGCUGAAUAUUUUUGAAGAUGGUGUUUUUAAGCCUAUAUCAGCAACUUCAUCAUCUCGGGAAAUAGAAGAGGAAUGA